AUGCUCAGACCAACACAUCUCGGAUACAGUCUAAGCCGACAGAGAUGUUCUCAUAGACUACUAAAGAAUACAUCCAAUAAAAUUUAUGAUACAGUAACAUAUUAUAGGUACUAUUCUUUGAACCAGGUCAACAAUCAAGUGAAAUACCUUGAACAAUUAUGUGAAAAUUUAAAUCACCACAAAGAAAUAACAAAUUGUAGAUCAAAUCAGACCAUUAUGAAUUUGGUAAGGGUUUACAUAUCUAACGAAUUGAACAGGAUGUCAGGAAUUGAUAUUGGCACGAUUUUUAAAUCAAUACAAUGGAACUCUAACCUAGAGGAUAGCGAUCUCGUGUUACCACUUCCAAAGUUAGGGAGACAUAUUGGAAAACCAAGUAUGUUAGCACAAGAAUGGGCAAAGUCAUUUCCAACAGGGGACUAUAUCCAACGAAUAGAACAUAAUGGUCCAUUCUUAAAGUUUUUUCUUAGUCCUCAUUUUUUGUUCAAUUCUGUAAUACCUGAAAUAGGCUUGAAGGCAGAAUCAUACGGUUUUCGUAAGCUUCAGUCUGACAAGAAAGUAUUGAUCGAAUUUUCGUCUCCAAACAUUGCCAAACCAUUCCAUGCUGGACACCUAAGGUCGACUAUUAUAGGUGGAUUCCUCUCGAAUCUAUAUCAAGCUAUGGGUUGGGAAGUUACUCGGAUGAAUUAUCUUGGUGAUUGGGGGAAGCAGUUUGGCCUACUUGCUGUCGGUUAUUAUAAAUAUGGUAAAGAAGAUCUCUUAGCUUCUGAUCCUAUUCAUCAUUUAUUUGAUGUCUAUGUCAGAAUUAAUAAAGAUAAAGAGCAGGAAAUUAAGGAUGGCAUAUCUGUUACAGAUUCUAUAGAUUGCAAAGCUAAACUGUUUUUCAAGAAGAUAGAGUCUGGUGAUGAAGAGGCAUUGAAGCUGUGGAAAACAUUUCGUUCACUGUCGAUCGACAAGUAUAUAUGUACUUAUGCAAGAUUGAAUAUUCAUUUUGAUGUUUAUUCUGGUGAAUCACAAGUACCUCGAGACACAAUACGAAAAGCAAUGGAAUUGAUCAAAGAUAAUAAUUUAUUAGAACAAUCAGAUGGUGCCACAUUAAUAGAUCUAACAAAAUUUAAUAAAAAGUUGGGGAAAACAGUCAUUAAAAAAUCUGAUGGUACUACAUUGUACUUGACGAGAGAUGUAGGAGCAGCAAUUGAUAGAUAUGAAAAAUAUCAUUUUGAUAAGAUGAUAUACGUAAUCGCAACCCAACAAGAUCUAUAUGUCUCACAGUUAUUUGAAACAAUAAAACAAUUAGGUUUUAAUUGGGCUAAUAACUUGGAGCAUGUUAAUUUUGGUAUGGUGAAAGGGAUGUCGACCAGAAAAGGGACAGUUGUAUUCUUAGAUAAUAUUCUUGAAGAAGCAAAGGACAAAGCACUUACUGUAAUGAAAGGCGACCAAGUGAAAUAUUCUCGUAUUGAGGAUCCAGAGAAAGUAGCAGAUUUGAUCGGAGUGAGUGCUGUUAUGAUUCAAGAUAUGAAAUCCAAGAGAAUCAAUAAUUAUGAGUUUGAUUGGAAUCGUAUGUUGUCAUUUGAAGGGGACACCGGUCCAUAUUUGCAAUACACGCAUUCAAGGUUACAGUCUAUUGCUUCUAACCAUGCCCAUCUGAAUAUAGAUUUCCCUAAUUUUGAUUUACUAGUAGAAAAUGAAGCAAUAUUAUUAAUUCGUCUUCUAGCCCAAUAUCCUGAUGUUCUGGUAAACGCAAUGAGAACACAAGAACCUUGUACUGUGGUGACAUAUUUGUUCAAGGUUGCACAUCAGGUAUCAUCAUGUUAUGCUACUCUCUGGGUAACUGGUCAGCCACAAGAAACGGCAGUGGCCAGGCUGAUGCUAUAUAAUGCUGCCAUGCAUGUCAUCGGAAACGGUAUGCGUCUCUUAGGUCUAACUCCUGUACAUAGAAUGUAA